UGGCUCAAUAAAAACUCAAAACAACACAUGGAUCACACCAUAUAUUAAUAUAAAAAUCUCCUAUAAAUUCACCCUAUUUAAAGCGGGAAAAUCCAAAAUCAACAACAAUCUAUGAAUCUCAUUAACAACUAAAUUUCCCAGAAAAAAUUUCAUCAACAAUCAAAUGGGUUCUCUUCCUGCACCAUCAUAUCUCAUGAAUGUUGAAAAACAACAAAAAUUAGACGAAUCAACCCUCUUAAACCUCUUCAAAUCCCAACAACGUUACCUUAAUUACUUCUUUCAACACUUAAACCACUCACAAACCCUGAAAUUCACACAAAUUCUCCUCAAUUCAAAGGGCACAAUUUUCUUCACAGGCGUAGGAAAAUCAGGGUUUGUUGCCCAGAAAAUCUCUCAAACAUUGGUUUCUCUUGGGAUUCGAUCUGGGUUUCUCUCUCCUGUUGAUGCCCUUCAUGGGGACAUUGGAAUUCUCACUCAAAACGACGUCGUUGUAUUGUUCAGCAAAUCCGGGAAUAGCGAGGAAUUGAUCAAAUUAGCCCCUUGUGCUAAAGCAAAAGGGGCUUAUUUGAUUGGGGUUACAUCUAAUGAGGCUAAUAAUUUGUUGGGUUUUUGUGAUCUUAAUGUGCAUUUGCCUCUGGAGAGAGAAUUGUGUCCGUUCGAUCUUGCUCCGGUGACAUCCACGGCUAUUCAGAUGGUUUUUGGUGAUACGAUUGCGAUCGCUUUAAUGGCGGCGAGGAAUUUGAGCAGAGAACAAUAUGCUUCUAAUCACCCUGCUGGCAAGAUUGGGAAGAGCCUCAUUUUCAAGGUGAAGGAUGUCAUGAAAAAGCAACCGGAACUUCCUGUCUGCAAGGAAGGAGACCUUAUAAUGGAUCAGCUAGUAGAGCUUACCAGUGGAGGAUGUGGAUGCCUUCUCGUUAUUGAUGAUAAUUACCAUCUGAUUGGCACCUUUACUGAUGGGGACUUGAGGCGUAACACUUAA